GGGGAGGAUCAGCACUGCACCACCAGAGGCACUAACAGCACGAGUCCUGACACAGGAGCAUAUCAGAGGAUACAGAGAGGAGAUAACAGUCACCUCAGCGGGAAGAAAUAACAAAGAGCUUCAUCAGGAUUGCAAGUUUGGACAGAAAGGUCAUCUUCAGCCAAAUAUAUCCCCAUUAAGAAGAAGAGAAACCAGAAGUGAAGAUGAACUUGUCAGUCAUCCUCGCCGUCCUUGCAGCAUUCAGUUUGGAUGUGGCUUUUUCAAAAAGAUGGUCACCUCGGUCACAAAAGGACACUAAGAGGGAGAUGUGUCUGUCCGGGGAUGGGAGCAGUUACAGGGGAUUUGAUUCUGAGUCGGCAUACGGCAGGCGAUGUCUCAACUGGAACAGGUUUAGAAUCCCAUCAGGAGCUUCAAAGGGACUUGGAGACCAUAAUUACUGCAGGAAUCCCGACCAGAGCCUGAUGCCGUGGUGCCGUGUCAGAAAAGGAAGGAGGACUGUCAGAGAAUUCUGCAACAUUCCCAGAUGUUCUAAGCCAACAGUAACACCUCCACCAGCUGUGGAUACAGACCUAACAUGCGGUGAGAAGUCUAAGCGAAGACUGCAUAAAAUUGUGGGUGGUUCUUUCACACCCAUAGAGUCGCAGCCAUGGGUCGCUGCUCUCUUUCAUCAGCGCCACGGUUUCCUCUGUGGUGGCUCUCUCAUUGCACCGUGCUGGGUUCUCACGGCUGCACACUGUUUUGCUGAUGGUGACGGAACUAACAUCCAGCGUCUGUCUGUAUACCUGGGGAAGAACGCCAUCAAUGACACAGAUGCUGCCAGGGAGCAGAAAUUCACUGUGGAAAAACUGAUCAUCCACCAAAAAUACAAUGAGUCCAGCUUUAACAAUGACAUAGCACUGUUGAAGAUCAAAAGCAGAAAUGGAGGAUGUGCGGUGAGGUCAGCGUCUGUACGCACAGUGUGUCUUCCUCCAUCUCGCACUCAGCUUCCUGCAGGAUUUGAGUGCAGCAUCGCAGGAUUUGGGAAAGAGACAUAUGCGUCGUGGCAUUAUUCACAGCAUCUGAAGGAGGCCGAGGUGAAACUGCUCUCCCAGACUGACUGCACAAGGAAAUUGUACUAUGGAGAUCGCAUCACUGACAACAUGUUCUGUGCUGCGAGCCCUGACUGGAGCACUGACGCCUGCAAGGGUGACUCUGGUGGUCCGAUGGUGUGUGAAGUGUCAGGGCGGAUGUUUCUGUUCGGGGUGGUGAGCUGGGGCGAGGAAUGUGCCAGUAGGAACAAACCAGGAGUUUACACACAAGUCGCCAACUACAACAACUGGAUCGCAGUAGAAACAAGGCUCCCCAAAUACACCAAAGGAUCAAUGUAUCCCAUAAAAUAAAUCUGUGACGACAGUUACCUGUUGGGCAUUUCAUCCCCUAAAGGAAAUGUAGCUGAUGGAUAUUGCUAUUAAUGUACAGUCAAAAUAGUUGUGCACUGUGAAGAUGUACUAUAACAGUUCUAAGUGAAUGUUUUUAAAAAUGUAUUUACAUUUGACUGCAUAUAGUAUAUACUUUUGUUGUAUUACUUGGGCAUGAAAAUUUGAUACUUAAAGUAUGGAUUUUGAAACAAGCUAAUAAGUUUAUUUUUGUAAUUUAAUGUAAUAAUGAUUUUCUCAAGUAGAAGGCUGGCCCUGCUGUUGAGCAUUUUAUUUAUUUUAUUGUAAUAAAUAAAAUAUUUGUAUUACAUAUUGA